UAGCAAUCGUGUAUCCAUCGUUUCUAUCAUACUUCCUAGACCCUCAUCUAAAACCCUAAAUCGCGCAUCGCCGUAUUGUUAAUAGAGCGACACCGGGUCGUGUAGAAACCCACCCGUGUCGAGGCGUCGGCUUAUAGUCGAAUCUCUAAGCCCUAAACAAACAGCGUCUCUCGAUCACAUCUCACACGGGUUUAAUGGCUGCCAGUAGCUCCAAUCUUCCCGAGGGUGUGGAUAAGGAACAGGCUUUUGGUAUGGCAGCAACGGAGAUGGAGUACAGGGUGGAAUUGUUUAACCGGCUUACUCAAACAUGUUUCAACAAGUGCGUUGACAAAAGGUAUAAGGAAUCUGAGCUGAAUAUGGGUGAAAACAGUUGCAUUGAUCGGUGUGUUUCAAAAUAUUGGCUGGUGAAUGGUAUUGUUGGGCAGAUGCUCAGUGCUGGUCGUCCUCCGAUGUAAAACUCAUACCUGUUUUAGAUUUGGAAGGCAUGCUUAGAUGUGUUGCCAGGGGAUGGUAAAACUCUUUUAAACAGGAGGGAGGGUGAGACUGAGAGUGAGUAUCAUGUAAUCUUAUUACUUCCUCUAAUUUGACUGAUGAAAACCAUUUUGUUUCUUGAGUUUGGUAAAAUGGGCAGUUUUGCAUCAAUGGUGCGCCUGAUGCCAAAUCUAAAUAAGAUUUUUUUUGGCCGUUUAGCGAGCCUUGUAGAAGUUUUGAUGUAUUCAAAUGGAUCUAGAGGCUUCGCAAUUCAUUUAAAUUAUAGAGACCACAAUUUGAAUCCAAUAA